AUGGACCUCGAAACAAGGGUGAAGGCCUACCGUCUCGUCGCCUACUCGGCCGUCACGUUUUCCGUUGUCGCGGUACUUUCGGUUUCCGUCACACUACCUAUGGUCUACAAUUAUGUGCACCAUGUGAAAAGACAUAUGCAACAAGAGAUCAUCUUCUGCCGAGGCGCUGCGAAAGAUAUUUGGUCUGAAGUGCAUAUGCUCAAGGCCGGAGCACAAUCACGGAAUAGAACAGCUCGGCAAGCCUCGUACGCUGUUGGAGCAGCGAUUUCCAGAAAAGCUGAAGGUGAUGGAUGCGAAGCUUGUUGUGUUGCAGGACCCGCUGGUGCUCCUGGUAUGCCAGGAAAGCCCGGAAUACCUGGAAGAGCUGGAGCUCCUGGACAACCGGGCCUUCCUGGAAGGGCGCCCGUACAACCAUGUGAACAAAUAACUCCACCUCCCUGCAAACCGUGCCCUACAGGACCUCCUGGUCCGCCUGGACCACCUGGAAUGCCUGGUGACGCCGGUGCACCAGGUUCUGCUGGAAAUCAUGGAGACGUAGCUGCCGUUGGAGAACCAGGACCAAAAGGACCACCUGGACCGAGAGGUAAUGACGGCGCUCCGGGUGGUCCAGGUGCACCUGGUACGCCUGCUCCGUCGGAACCUUUUGUGCCUGGUAGUCCAGGACCAGCUGGAGAACCUGGGUCACCUGGUCCGCCCGGACCAAACGGACAGCCGGGAAAUCCUGGCAUGCCUGGAGCUCCUGGUCCAAAAGGACCUCUUGGCACAACUGGUGAAAUCGGAUAUGAAGGAAAGCCAGGUACUCAUGGAGAGAUCGGAACAACGGGUGGUCAAGGAGAAAAGGGUAUCUGCCCAAAAUAUUGCGCCAUCGAUGGAGGAGUGUUCUUCGAAGACGGUUCUAGAAGAUAA